AAUCCUCAUUCUCAUAAGUUGGAUUACAAAGAUGCCAUCUGAUCAUUAUACUACAUAUUCUAUCAACCAUAUUAGUUGGUAACUAAUUAAGAAGAAAAAAAGUUCGUUGGAUCUUGAUUGGAUCCUCUGGUAGUAAGCACAGUUUAGCUCUAAAGAGUUAAUCACAUCCAUGUAUUGUAUGUUUGCGUUCAUAUCUUAUGUAGAUAAUUUAGAUACUACUUACACUCUUCUACUCUCCAAUACGAAUUUAUCAUCACGAUUGUUGAUUAUUAACUCUCAUUGUUUGGAAUGAUUAACGCAGUAGGGAGAGUCCAUAGAGGUCACAGUAGGUUGAAUAUAAUCAUCCCAGUUAUUCUACAGAUAUCAUUCAGUUAGGCCAGACACAUGGCUUCUCUGGUGUCAGAAUAGAUUACAUUGGUAAUUCAAAUCGAAAUAUGGGCUCCUUACCGUUGGUAAAAAUUUUAUUACUUUGUCAUCUAACAUUUGGUUCAACAUUUGGUGACACAAGUGAUAAUGAAGUAUAUGCGUGCUCACUACCAGAAGAUUUGUUAACUGAAAUUGAAAGUUAUGCUCCGUUAGUUGAUAAAAUAAUAAAUGAGACGAUUUAUGGGUCAUUCAAAGGAUCAACAUGGCAAGAGUUAUCUAUGUUCGUUGAUACUUUUGGUCCACGUUUUACAGGGACACAGAAUCUAGAAAAUGCUAUUGAUUACAUGCUUAAUCGCUCAGUCAAUGAAGGGCUUCAAAAUGUUCAUGGAGAAUAUGCAGUUGUGCCUCAUUGGGUCAGGGGUGCAGAGUCUGCUACUUUACUCCAACCCAGAGUCCAAAAGAUUUCAAUGCUUGGAUUAGGGUACAGUCUCGGUACUGUGAGUCAAGGCAUCACUGCAUCAGCCAUUGUGGUGAAGAGCUUUGAUGAACUUCAACAGCGACAAAGAGAAAUUCCUGGCAAAAUAGUUGUUUAUAAUCAGGAAUAUGUGAGUUACCCGAAAACAGUGAAAUAUAGGAGUAGAGGGGCAUCAGAGGCUGCAAAGUAUGGUGCAGUAGCUGUCCUGAUCAGAUCUAUCACCCCAUUUUCUAUUUACUCUCCCCAUACGGGAAUGAUGUCUUACGAACCGAAUGUAACGAAAAUUCCAGCUGCUUGUAUUACAGUGGAAGAUGCUACUCUGUUGAAUAGAAUCGCUGAUAGGGGUGAAGAACUAGUGAUUAACAUAAAAAUGGAAGCACAAAACCUUCCCUCUGUUAAAUCUCGAAAUACAAUUGCCGAAAUUAUUGGAGAGGAGCGCCCAGAGAAAGUAGUGGUUGUCUCUGGUCAUUUAGAUAGCUGGGAUGUAGGACAAGGUGCUAUGGAUGAUGGAGGUGGUGCGUUCAUUGCAUGGAAUGCUCUAAGAAUGUUGAAUUCUUUGAAUUUGCGACCCAGAAGAACGUUAAGGACGAUUCUUUGGACUGGUGAGGAACUUGGGAUCAUUGGAGCUCAACAGUAUAUCAAAGAACAUCAAGCUGAGAAGGGCAAUCUUCAAUUUGUUAUGGAAUCUGACAUGGGUACAUUCACUCCAAUAGGACUUGCGUUUACAGGCUCAAGAGAAGUUGGAUGCAUUUUGGAAAAAGUAAUGAGCUUAAUGGGAGCAAUAAAUGCAACAAGACUUACUACCCCCCAUGAAGGCCCUGACAUAGAGGGAUGGGUUGAUAUGGGGGUACCAGGAGCUUCACUGUGGAAUGCAAACAGUAAAUACUUUUGGUAUCAUCAUUCAAAUGGAGAUACUAUGGCUGUUGAGGAUCCCCAUGCGCUUGAUCUUGGGACUGCCCUAUUUGCUGCAGUAUCUUACAUCAUGGGUGACCUGAGCAUAGACCUACCACAUCAUGCAUAGUGAGUUUGAUCCCACAGAAUUUAUUGCAAACAGGUAAAUAAUUAAAUAUGGUAACUCAGUGGAAACUUAGUGGACUAAUUUGCCCUGUUUGAUCAAAUAAGCCAUAUGAAUGCUGUAAAAAAAUCAGUUUAAUUUCAUUUCUUACAAUAAUACCUAGUAUUUGUACAAUAAUAAAUCGUAAUAUAGUGCUAAA